UCCAUCACUCUCUCUCUCUCUCUCUAACUUUCUCUCUCCUCUGCGACGAACUGACCGCAUCGUCGACCGAAUUCCUCCCCAAAUCCUCUCUCUCUCUCUCUGGAGUAUCCCCUUGCUGUUGAUGGACAGCCGCCUCUUCACUCGCGCCACCCUGACGCCGCCGCCGCCGCCGCCGCCGCCGUCGCUCCUGCUCCCCGCCGCCCGCAGGCCCUGGCCCGAGAAGCCGGGCUUGGGCGCGCGGAUAGCCGGCCGCCGCCCGCGGCGAUCGCCGGCUGUCGUCGCCAGCGCGAGCCGCUGCGAGUCGAGCAGCCUGAACACGCCCCUGGUGCCGGAGUCGGCCGCGGGGCGGUACCUGACGCGGGUCCUCCAGAACCAGCGGCAGCUGUUCCACGCCGCCGUGGCGGAGGAGCUGAAGCAGCUGGCCGACGACCGCGACGCGGCGGUUUCGCGCGUGCUGCUCAGCGCCGGCUCCGAUGAAGCUUGCCUCCACAGGAGGAUUGCAGAAAUCAAAGAGCGCGAUCGUCAAGUUGCAAUCAAAGAUGUUAUGUACAUGCUUAUACUUUACAAGUUCUCGGAAAUCAGAGUUCAUUUGGUGCCCAAGCUUUCCAGAUGCAUUUACAAUGGCAGACUAGAGAUAUGGCCUGCGAAAGACUGGGAAUUAGAAUCCAUUCACGGCAUCGAUGUUUUGGAGAUGAUAAAAGAGCACGUUGCUGCUGUCAUUGGCCUGAGAGUAGAUUCUAGUGUUACAGACAACUGGGCGACUACUCACAUUCAACGACUCCAACUCGGCCAACUUUAUGCAGCCUCUGUUUUAUAUGGUUACUUCUUGAAAUCUGCUUCUUUGAGGCACCACCUUGAGUGUAGUCUAGCUUUAUCUCCCCAGGGACACCGGGUCUUCCACAGGAACUCUCUUCACUCUCCGAAAAUUUGGCCGUAUGGGUGGAACAAUCUUGUUUGUGGUCGUGUCAUCAAUGAUAAACUCUCUUUAGGCAAAGCAUCAAUUCAGGAUGGAAACCAUGGAAAGUUGAGAUGUUAUGUGAUGGGAUUUGACCCCGAGACCUUGCAGAGAUGUGCAAAAGUCAGAUCCAGGGAAGCCAUGGAUCUAAUUGAGAAGCAUAGCUGUGCUCUGUUUGGGGAUGGGAAGAUGGGUUUGAUCACUAGUGAUGACGUCAUACUUACCUCAUUUUCGAGCCUGAAGAGAUUGGUUCUGGAGGCUAUUGCAUUCGGUUCCUUCCUUUGGGAUGUGGAAGAGCAUGUCGAUACUGUUUAUAAGCUCAACGAUAACUGACAGGAAGGGGCAGGGGUGCAGACCUAACUGGGGGGGUUCAUCUCUGUCAGCCACCGAUGUAUAUAAGAGCUCGACUAAGAAGUGCGGACUGUCCCGUUCACCUCUUGUACAUAGGAGUUUCAGGCAUGGCAAUCUUCUGUUUUAUAUGACGGUUUCAAGAGUGACGUGUACAGCUUUUGGAUGGUGCAAGCUUUUGCUGCACGGUGUAUAAAUUGAAUGAACUGGUAGUAAAAACUUCACAAGCAAAACCUGUUUCCUGUUUCUUUCAUGGACCGAGAUUUUGGGCUAUGGAUUUUCAAUACUACAACUAAACUUCCGAGGCAAGGUAAA